CAGCAGUUUUAAUAGUAACUGCAGGAACUGACAGAGAAAGAACGAUUGGGAAUCAGGCAGAAGAGAUAGAACUUAAAGUUGUCUUAAACAGAAAAUAAAAUCGGCAUGGAGAAUUGAAGAAGACACUGUAGAGCACGCUGUUUGCCGAUUUAUUGUAUGGCUUCUAGCUGGGCAUUUAUUUUAGAUUUUGCUUUUAAUUUGUGUUUUUGUUAACAGCAGCGGUGCUCCUGAUGUUAUUGUUUGCACCUUUGUUACGCUCCUGCUUUGAUUCCAAAUUCCGCUUUUAUUUUAGACGUGCAACUGUUCAUCUAGGUUUCGAACUUCUUAGGCUUCCAGUUUUAUUUUGAAAAUGUUUGGUGCCAGUCAGGUGACUGUGACGGGGGAUAAUAGCGAGAAUCAGGAAAAUGUGCUUUCAAGGCAAAGAGUAGCUGGAAAAAAUGUGUUGGAAAACCAAGAGAAUACGAAUCCCAAAGCCUCAAACCGAACGGUUUUGGGAGUUUUGCAGAAUGCCGAUAACCAGCGCAUCACCAGAGUUCAGUCACAACGCGCCACAAAGCAGGCUGCUUCCUGCAGUGAGACCUAUGGCCAGGACUGUGCUGGCAAAGUGGGAGCAAAACUGCCUGCUUUCACAAUCCAUGUGGACCAGCCUGAUGGUGCCUGCAGUAAGAGGCAACAUGCCUCAGCAGCAAAACCGGAGUCCGAAAACCCUCUUGCACUUAACCCACCCGUGAAAUCCUCCCUUGUGAACAGACAGCCACUUUCUACCAUUGAAUGUUCGAUGGAUGUCAGCUUUGACUCCCCUAUGGUUCUGGACAUGUCCAUUAAUGAAGCAGAAGAAAAUAAGUGUCUUGUUAAUGAAGUCCCUGAUUAUGCAUUAGACAUCCACAAAUAUUUACGAGAAAUGGAGCUGAAGUCCAGGCCGAAGGCAGGUUACAUGCUGAAACAGCCAGACAUCACUAACAGCAUGCGAGCCAUCCUCGUGGACUGGCUGGUGGAAGUCGGGGAGGAAUACAAGCUGCACAGCGAGACCCUCUACCUGGCUGUGAACUACAUCGACAGAUUCCUCUCAUCCAUGUCUGUGCUGAGAGGGAAACUGCAGCUCGUUGGCACAGCUGCCAUGCUUCUAGCAUCAAAAUUUGAGGAGAUCUACCCACCAGAAGUGGCAGAGUUUGUCUACAUUACAGACGACACUUAUACCAAGAAGCAGGUUCUAAGGAUGGAGCAUCUAGUUUUGAAAGUCCUUUCUUUUGAUCUUGCUGCUCCAACAAUAAACCAGUUUCUUACACAAUACUUUCUGCAUCAGCAAGUGAACAAAAAAGUGGAGAGCUUGUCACUGUUCCUUGGAGAAUUGAGCCUGGUUGACUCUGAUCCUUUCCUGAAGUACCUGCCUUCUGUCAUUGCUGCAGCAGCAAUGAUUUUAUCAAACGUUACAAUCACAGGAGAUACCUGGCCAGAGUCCUUGGUAGAAUUGACUGGCUACACGCUAGAGACCCUGGAGCCUUGCAUAAAGGACUUGUAUCAAACCUACCUCGGUGCACCUCAACACGCACAGCAGUCUGUACGGGAGAAAUACAAAGCUGCUCAGUACCACGGAGUGUCUGUUAUUGAGCCACCUAAGAAAUUGACCCUAGCUUCAAGACUUAACUUUUUAUUGUAAUUCCAUGCAGAGAUGUUUUAGGACUUUUGUUCUGUAUAGUAUUUUAAUUUCUUUUAUAUUUUUAUACAAAUGUCACAACUAUGACCAGAAUAUAACAGACCAUAUUUCAUAAUUCUAUGGUAAUUGUAAAGAUGAAUAGGAGUGACUUGUUUAAGACAUACCUGUACAUUUGCUGAACCUUUUAUUUUUUUUUUCCUUGAUGCAGCCCUGCUAUAUAAAGAGCUGUUCUAAUAAUGUUAGGAAUGUGUAUUUUAGUUAACCCAAUUCAGGCAUUAUGUUUUAAACUGCAAAAUAAAAAUGUUUUAAGUAA